AUGUACGAUGUGAUGUUGCAUGAAGCGAGCCUGUGGGUUGACGAGCCUCCUUUCCGUAAGCGAAAGCUCGAAGCUCCUCCCGUCGAAUCUCCACCUGAUUCACCCGUAGCCUCAGACGCCGAUUAUUUCUCCGACGAAGAAGAAAUGGAUCCGGUCAAGAGGGAAAAGUACCGGAAGCAAGUUUUUGAGUCUUGCGGAUUCGAUGUUGAUUUCUUCAUACACACAUUGGGUGGGAUAAUUCCGGUUGGCUGGACUUCUUACGAGUUACAAUUCGCCAAGGCAGGACUCCAUUGUUACAAUAUUGAAAAGGGGAAGAAGUUAGAGUUUAAGAGUGUAGUGAAAGUGAACGCAGAGAUCGCUCACAUGUACAACUGCUAUGCAACGUUAGAGGUGAUUGAUCCGGUGGACGACACAGUGCACACAUUCCAAACCUUGGUCACGGAUUCUGUGAAGCGGAAAAAAGCAAGCUUGGUUAUAAUCACUAAAAUAUGCAGGAUUAAGCCUCAAGUACCAGGAAUUGGAGAUGCAACUACCUUUUGGGACUAUGAUGCUGUAGAUGAAUUCUACAAAGGUGAUAUGCCGGAUUGGCCAACGAAUGAUGGAGCUGACUUGUUGUAUGAGGUGAAAGAUUCAGAGCUGAGAGACAAUGAGUGGCUGUCUUUUUAUGCUGAAGUUGCAUUGUUCUCUGAGAGGCAGUGUGACACGCCGCCAUUUGAGAUGAAGAAAGUAUUGGUGGAAACAAAGGAAGGUGUACAGAAUCAGCUAAAGUCGAGCAAUGCUGUCUUCUACAUGAGUUUCAAGGUUCGUGGAGGUCCCGAGUGCAGAGGCAUAGUAAGAAAAACAAGUGAUGGAAGGACAGGGCAUAUCUGCCUUGAAGCUAGAUGUUGGAUCGACUAG